AGUGUAAAGAGCCGGAUCAAUCAUGUUGCACCCAUCUCUAAUGUUCAUUGUUCCAAAAUUCUUGUUACAUUCCCUUUCCAUUGGUUAUGCCGUUUUUUUGAAGAUUUAAUUUUUGGAAAGUAAAGAAAUCUAAAAAAUCUCAUGUCGUCUAUGACAUUCGGACAGAAGUCCUUUACACCUACACCUCCCGAGAAAGGAAGUUUUCCAUUAGAUCACGAAGGGAUUUGUAAGAAGUCGAUGAUAAAAUACAUGAAAUGUUUGCAUAAUAAUAAAAACGAUAAUUCAUCUUGCCGAGAAGAAGCACGGGAAUACUUGGAGUGCCGUAUGGAGAACAAUCUUAUGGCUAAAGAGGAAUGGUCAAAAUUGGGUUUUAGCGAAGUAGAAAGUAAAAAAUUUUAAUCAUGGUUAAGAUACUUAUAGGGUGUA